UUUUCAUACAUAUUACACACGUAAAAUUGUACGUUUUAAUAGCUCACCUUGCGUAUAUCCGGAAAUAAAGCAUUAGGAAUGGUUGUGGUGUCUAUUACAUACAAAUACAACGUAUGCGUAAAGAUUUAAAUCUCUGUUCUAAACCUUUUGGUGCAAAACCAUGGAACAUUUAUUGAAAAGCAAAGAUGAAGAGCUAUCAAAGCUUUUAACAGAAAACCGCAACCUUUUGGAAGAGCUACAGAAAUGUCAGGCAGAUAAAGAAUUUGUUUGGUCACUGUGGAAACGAUUACAAGUUUCUUCCCCUGAUUUAACACAGGCAAUUACAUUGGUUCUACAACGAGAGAAAGAAAAAGCAGAGGCAAAAGACAGAAAAGUUCUUGACAUUCUGCAAACUAAAGAUGAGCAAAUAAAUGGCUUACAAACCACUGUUGCGUCGCUACAAAGCAAGAAUGAAGAUCUGAUGCGAAUGAAAGUAGAUGCAGAAGGCAACAACAACACACAUGCAGCAGAGUGUCGGACAUUGAAAAACCAGAUUGCCUCACUUACUCAGCAGCUCAAAUUACAACAGCAAGAAACUAGAGACAAAUUAGAAGAGCUGCAACAUAAACUAGAAGAUGCUGAUCAACAAAAAGCCUCACUUAUGGCUAAGAAUACGAAUCUUAAUGAAAAAUUAGCAUCUGCUCAAGUACAAGGUGAUAUGGCCCACAGAUGCAAAACCCUUGAAGCCAGCAUAUCUACAAAGGAACAAACCAUUAAGAACAUGACAGCUGAGAAAGAAGAAUUGUACAAAGAAGUAGAACUUUAUCGAUUAAAAUACGAAGCUGUGAAAGAUGGUUUAACUGCAGAAGAACAAAGUUUGCAGGAAAAGAAUUUGUUGGAACUCACGGAAGCUUAUGAACAACUGAAACAACAUAGCAAGCAACAGAAGGAACUAAUUGCUCAAUUGCAAGAACUAAACACCAACACUCAAAAACUAAUUUCUGAUCAAGAAGCAACACACAGGAAUGAAAAUAAGUCACUACAGUCAGUGAACAAGAAACUGCAAAAAGAGAAUAAGAAUUUGAACAAAGAAUCAACGAGUUAUAAACAAGAGAUAGAAGAACUUCAAGAGAGAGUUUUAAGCCAAGAAGAAGCUUUAAGAAAAGCUGAACGAGAAAUUAAGAAGUCCAUUGCCAUGGCUUCAACUGGUGCUUAUGAUUAUGUCGACUUAAACAAGGUUGACAACUUAGAAGAUCAAAUUCGUGCUCAAAGGAAAGAAAUUGAACAUUUAAGUAGAAGAUUAAAUAACCGUUUAAAAUCCAAUAGGUCACCAUCCCCAUCAUAUGAACAUGGAGAUCAAACAUUUUCACCAAUUGUUGAAAGAAGAACAAACGCAAAGAGUCGAACUCGGUGUAGAUCUCUCUCACCAUGUGGACAAAACAGACAAUUAUCAUUGUUACAUAAGAAGUUGAAAGCUACUGAAACUAAACUUGAUCAAACUAACCACAUGCUUGAACUAAAGAAAGAAGAAGUUCGAGAAAUACAACAAGCUCACAACAAACGUUUAAAUCGACUUAAUUUAUUACAAGCUGACUACAAGGCUUUAAAAUCUGGUUUGAAUGAAACCUCGUCGCCCAAACGUAGAAAACAUCGUCCACCACCUACCAUGGAUCCUCGUAAAUUACGACACGAGAAUUCCGAUUCAGUGUGGAAUGAUUUAGCUUAUUAUAAGCAAGAAAAUAAAGCUUUGCUGCAGGACAAGUUGUCUAUGGAGGAAGAAUUAGAUAACCUCCGUGUCCAAUACACAAUGGAUAGAGCUGCUUUCCAAGAUGAGAAUUUAUGUUUAAGACAAGAAAGAGAUGAUCUUGCAUUUAAAUUAAGAUCUACUUCAAGAAAAAAUGCCACAGAUAGAUUGAGCAGCACUCCUAAGAAAUCCUCCCACUCUCCAUCACGAGAAGAUGUAAAGUCCUCCAGGAGGAUGGUGAAGAACCUAGAGAAGAGAUUGGAGAACUUCACCGAGGAUAAUCACAUCCUUAAAAGGGAACGAGAGAAAAUGUUGCAAGAUAACAGAGCAUUAAAAGAAGAAUUAAAAUCAGUCAAGUGUAACGUCAUCGAAAGUCGCCAGAGCGGAACAAAGCUUCGUCACGAAAACGGAGAUUUGCGUCACAAACUUGAAGAGAUGGAUCAUAUUCGCAUAAAGAUGGAGAAAGAUGUUGAUGACUUGAAUCGGGAGAUUGGAAGAUUAAGGAGCGAGAAUGAAGUUGUGGUGAAUGAGAAUUCAUCUCUAUGGUCUGAAAACAGUGAACUGCGAGAAACAGUAAACAACAUGAGAAUUGAAUUUGAGGAAGUACAAAAGGAAAUCCAAGAAAUUGAACCCGAGAUUCCAAACAGCCACCAUGUCCCUAUGCCAUCAUCCCAUGCAAAACAUGAGAAAGUUGAUGCUACUACGAGUCCUAUGGCUAAACAUCAUCGUGAUGUAUUGAAUCGAUCCAUCAACGAGAUGCGGAGGAUGCUGGGUGAAGACUUCCAUCACGACUCCUUCACCGAACCAACUUCCGGAGCAUCCACAGAUGAUGAGGAAGAACGAAGAUCAAUCACAAAUAGUCUCGGAAGAUCAAUCGUUAGAGCUUCACGGAGAAACGAUGGUAAAGAAAAUGAACAUGGAGACAAAAAUAGAGCAGCAGCAUCUGGUAAGAAACAUGAUGUGAAGCCAAUCAAGAAAUCAACCACAACAUACAGGGCUGGGCAGGGAAUGCUGGAUAAACUACGACAAAAGUUAUCAACCGUACAAACUCAAUGUUCAUCACUUAGGUCAGAAAAACAAGCUGUGUUGCAGAAGUUUCACGAUGAAAAGGAGAGAUGCGAGAAAGUUGAAGCUGACCUCGAUGUUUGUCAAAGUAAACUAAAAUCAGCGAAACAGUCGAUCCAGAGACUCACAAACGAUGUCCGGAAGUUGGAGAGGACACGUGAUGAGUUGGAAGAGGCUUUAUCCGAGUCAAAGAAGACCGAACCUAAACCUCAAGUCCACACGGACUCCGAGUACAGGGUGUUGGAAAAUAAACUCAAGAAUGCCAACCAAGAAGUAAGUCGACUUAAUGAAAACAUAAAAGAUCAGAAGAAAGUUAUUGAGUUUAAUACUGACCAAUCAAAUGCUGAGAAAGAUAAGUUUACCAGAUUGGAGCGUGACAUCACAAUGAAGAGACAAUUGAUCGACGAACUUCGAGGAAAAAUUAAAAAUUAUGAACAGAAAAAUAAACGAGAAUUUACUGAAUUGCAUGAUGCAGAAGAGAAGUUGAAGCACACGGAGGAAGAUCUUGCUCAUAAGAAGACACACAUAGAAUCACUGAGACGACAGGUGCAAGUAGCCACCAAGGAGAAAGCUAAAUAUGAAGCGAUGUACCACAAGUCACGUGAAGAACUUGAUAAAAGGAGUGAGCAACUUAGUGCACUUCAAUCAAGUAAACUAGCAGCAGAGAGCAUGAGUUCACGAAUAGAAGAAGAAGCAGGCCAACAACUACAGAAGCUUGCCGAUCGUAGCGAGCAGGCUAUCGAGAAACUGAGACUAAAACUCGAAAAAUCGGAAGAAAAACUGAUGGAAUUUUCAACUUUUGUAAAGAAUCUAUCAGGACAUCUAAUGGAGCUUCAGGUAAAACAACGUGGGUCGUUAUACAGGGAGAAGGCUACUCAGGCAGCUGAGGCACAAACCAGAAACGGUUAUCCAUCUCCGGAAAAAUCUUCAAUGAGUCACGCACAGUCGGUGGCGUGCAACAUCCUCAAUAUGUCUCGAUCUGACUUUGAGGACCUGAUGACUCCUGUUGAUUCCUCUUCCCGUCAUCAUGAUGAUCAGGAGGCGUGGAACGAAGAGAAGAUCCUUUCAGCGAAGACUGAUCAAAUCUGGAGGAGCAAAGUUGAAAAAAUUUCCGGCGAAAAUCCACCGUUUGCCAAGUCAUUGUGUCGAUUACUGUGGGACAAAAUACAGGACGCGGUUAAAUUGACUGAGGAUAGAUGUCGCUUGCAAGUCGAAUAUAUCGAGCAAAAAGUGAGCAAGCAGUAAUUUUCGCAUCUUCAUAUCAAGUAGUGUGUUUCUUAGCAAUUUCAUUCCAUUAGUUGUGUAUUCUUACCUAUAUAGUCGAACAUGACACUUUAUUUUUAUAUCGAAAAUCACGCAAAUAAACCUCUAUCGUAAGAA